AUGGUUUUCGAUGGGGAUCCAAAGAAAACAGUUGUCUUCCCGGAAAGUUCAGAGGGGUUGAAUCCUGCUCUCGUGGAAGAGUAUGAAAGUGCAGACCUUCGCAAAAGAGGGCGAAUGUUUAUCAUGAAAAAGGCUUGCGAACGUGCAGAAAAAAUGUUAAGGACCUAUACCAAAGGGAAUGCUAGCACGUACGAUAGCAUUUUGAAACCAGUGAUUGAAUUCGCUUUGGAGAUGAUGCAAGAAUUAGAGGAUAGAGAAAAAGAAGAGCUAGAAGCAAGGAAAAAUCAUGAUAGUUUAAUGGAUAGGUUAAUGGAUGUAUGGUCACUAGUAGAGGAAAGAGGAGCGGAAAACAUUGAACUCUUCAGAGAAAAUCUGCAACUGAAAGAUGAGAUAAAUUUUCUUCAUGAAUUGCUUGCUGAAAAGAGAAAAGGAGAAAAUAUGAAAAGUGUUCAAACUGAGGAGCAAUACUUUGAGAAAGUGCAUAUCUCAAACAGUAAUGUUGAGACAGUUACAGUGAAAACUGAAACAAAGUGUUCAAAUGAUAAUGAAUCAGAAAACAAACUGAUUGAUUACAGAAAGGCAAGGAAAAGUCUGUGUGAAGGGCAAGGUAUUGCUAAGAUUGUUUUUGAAAAUGAAUUGGAUUACAGUGAAGACAGGGUGUCUAGGAAAGCUGGUAAUGCCAAGGAGAUCUUUGUUAUGAAGUCCAAUAAUGUGUUGUGUUGUGAGGAUAUUAAGGCUGACGAGAUUCAGAGCUCCUGCACAAAAAGCACACACGAGAAGGAUGAGAAUAUUGGUGUGACCGAUAGGUGCACAGAAGCCAAUACUUCUGAUGGCAAGUUGUGUAGUGGAGAUCAAACACCUGGGAAGGCCCAGAGAUCUGUCACGUUUACACAGUAUGAAACAAAGAAGCAAAGUGUCCAGCAGAAAAUAGUUUCUGAUGUGAUUGAUAGUAAUGUGGAUCUGGUAAAAGAUCAAGAGGAACGUGAUGUUCAGAAUACUGUACUUGAAAAAGAGUCAAUGCAGUUGCUCAAGAAUAUGCUUGUAGUGGAAAACACAAAGCAUGAUUACAAGGCAAACCGUGUCAGUAGUAUGGAUUGUGAUAGUUAUGAAGAUGAGGCGAAGAGAAAGAAAGUGGACCAGAAAUCUGAAGACACUGUGACAUGUCCAGGUCCCCCACUGAAUUCUAAAAGUAACCUUCUCACUUUUCAUCACACCAAACAGCAAAAGCUACCAGGAAAGAACACAGAAAAUGUUGUGAGAAAGAACUAUUCUUCGGAUUUUAAAAUUCCCAAUCUCGGAGAGCCCCGACAUAAAAAAAAGGGAGAUGGCGCCGGCGGCGUUGUUUUUCAGAGGAAAACCAAACGUCGAAAGCGUGAGGAACCCCGUCCUAGAACGGAUCCACCAAGUCUUUCGAUGACUUAUUUCAAAGAUGAGAGCAUCCCUAAUGAUUUCUCAGUUACUGUUGCUUGUGAUCAGAAUGUCAUUCUUUCACACCAAAGCAUUUCGGAUCAUUCGACGUGUGGUGAGACCAAGUCGAAGCGAGUGGAAGAGGAGCCACGUCCUCGGAAAGAUCCACCGCAAUCAGGAUUGUUGAAUUGGAGUGACACCAAGACCGGAAGAGUCAAAGAAGAACCUCGUCCUCGUAAGGAUCCUCCUCAUUCUGAUAUGAUGGUCAAUGACACAUGGAGACAUACGAUGGCGGAGCAUCGACCUCGUAAGGACCCUCCGAUUUCACCGUCUCAACAGUAUGGUCAUCAUGGUAAUCUAUUCGGAUGUCGGAACCAGGGAAAUCGGCUGCAGGAUACAACAAGGAAUCUCAUCAGUUGCUGA